CCCCCCCACAACCUCUCACCCCCCCCCCGGGCCCGGCGCUUCGGAGGCCGCCUGGAGACGAGCGGGGGGGGGGGAGGAGGGAUGAGAGGCCGCCCCUCCCCCACUCCCUCCUCCUCCCCCUCCUCCUCCUCCUCCGCGCGCCGGCCGGGAUAAGGGAGGGAGGGGAGGGCCUGCCGGUCACCGGAGCUGCUGCCGCUGCCGCUGCCGCUGCCGCCGCCCCCCCGAGGGAGGAGAGGACGCCUCGGACUGCACCCACCCAUGGCUACUCUGCUGGCUGCCACGCAGCUCCUCUCCCGGCCUCUGGCCCGCCUGGCCACCAAAGCCCCGCACUGCAAGGAUGCUGCAACAAGACUCCGGGCCCUGCCGGAGGUUUCCUUCUCUGUCUUGACCCAAACGGGCCGGCGGACGUAUGUGACAGACGUGGACGCGAUCGGCGAGCGACCUGUCCUCAUCACUGGCUGCGACUCGGGCUUUGGUUUCGCCCUGGCCAAGUACUUGCAUGAGAAGGGCUUCAUUGUUUACGCCGGCUGCCUGCUGAAGGAUCAAGGCCGUGGCGGCGCCAAAGACCUCGACAGCAUGAACAGCGACCGCAUGAGGACGGUGCAGCUGAACGUCUGUGACAGCGAGGACGUGGCGCGGGCCGUCGAUCACGUGACUGCCACCCUGAAGAAUCCGGACGCUGGGGUCUGGGGUCUGGUCAACAAUGCCGGCAUCUCCACCUUCGGAGAGGUGGAAUUCACCAGCAUGGACACCUACAAGGAGGUGGCAGAAGUGAACCUGUGGGGGACAAUCCGGACCACCAAGGCCUUCUUGCCCCUCAUCCGCAGAGCCAAAGGCCGCGUGGUGAACAUCAGCAGCAUGAUGGGGCGGAUGGCCAACCCCGCGCGCUCCCCCUACUGCAUCACCAAGUUUGGGGUGGAGGCGUUUUCUGACUGCCUGCGCUAUGAGAUGCACCCCCACGACGUGAAGGUUUGCAUCGUGGAACCCGGGAACUUCAUUGCCGGGACCAGCCUGUACAGCCCCGAGCGGAUCAAGGCCAUCGCCGACAAGAUGUGGGACGAGCUGCCCGAGAUCGUCCGUCGCAACUACGGCCGGAAGUACUUUGACGAGCAGAUUGCCAAGAUGGAGUCCUACUGUGACAGCGGCUCCACCGACACGUCCCCCGUGAUCGAGAGCAUCGGGCAUGCCUUGAUGUCCAUCUCACCCUACACCCGCUACCACCCCAUGGACUACUACUGGUGGCUGCGCAUGCAGGUCAUGACCCACAUGCCGGCCGCCAUCUCAGACCGCCUCUACAUUUACUGAGGGGCAGGAGGGAAGCUGACGCGAAGAGUUACGCUGUACAAAUGUCCCAGCAGCCACUUGGUUAGUUGAGUUCACAGUACUGUAUUUUAGUCUUGGAUUUAUAGUAAUUUAACUUUUGAGCCUAAUUUAAUCCUCGCAUGGUGUGUCUCAUUAACAGGAGCAUCUUGCCUAUGUCAGAGGGACCCAGCCAGCUCUGUGCUAUUUAUUUCAAGUAUUCCCAUUUCUCCUUUUUGCCUCAGCUCUUAGGGCAAAAUCUAGGUUGCGUUAUUGGUUGCUCUGAAGACUUGGAGCUCCCCAAACCCCCUUGCCUUUGGAGAGACAGAGGCCCCCUUCCUGCCUUCGCAGACCCUCAGACCGGGCCGGACAUGGAGGCCCCAGGGGAGGUGGGAACUUGCAGAUCGGAAGGCUCCUGCCCCACAGGGGCAUCCUGGGGCUGGAGUCUGCCUUGGGCCCUGAGGUCCCGCCGGGAGCAGUGAGCCAGGGAGACCCCUGCGGGCCCACGCAGAAGGGAGCUGUCUCUUGCAAGACUGCUCCUCUUGCGCCCAGGCCCCUCUGAGCAAAGCCCAUCCGGUGCUGCUGUAAUGCGCGGCUGGGGCCAGUGGCAGGAGGAGGGGGGGGGGGUUGGAGGGAGCCCCACAUCCCAUAUUCUGCCCACAUUGUGGGUCGUGUGGUUUUGAGGAACAGUGAUGGCCAAGCCCCCUGCCCCAUGCCUCUCUCUUUCCCAGCAGUCCUGGCUUCCUGCAGGCUCUGAGGAGGAGAGCGCCCCCUGGGCAGGCUGUGGGGUAGUGCACCCCAGGGGUCCGUCCACAGGAGUGGCUCGGCAGGACCUUCAGUGGGCAUCCCUGCUUGGGGGGGGGAGCGCUGCAAGGGGGGGGGGGCUUAUUCUGGGAUUUCCAGGGUUUCGUCACAAACAAUUUUGUACAAAAAGGCCUCCCGUGGGAGAUGCUUAGAGAUAUUUUUGUGAAGCCUCCGAGGCUAAAAAACCAGUCGCUGAACUUCUGUGGGAGUGGGAGGAGGAAGGGGGGGAGUGGAGCGCCUCCCUCCUGUAACCUGCGCGCGGAGAGCCUCCGAUCAAACGUCCUCUGCCUCGACUGACAUUAAAGAACAGUGACAAAG